UCUUCCGGGAGGCGGUGACGGCUGGGCCGGCAGCCCAGUGAGCGCGGCGAGGCGGAGCGAGGCCUCCCACAGCCUCCCUCCUUCCCUCCCCUCCCUCCUUCCCUCCCGCCGCUUCAGCCCCAGCCCUGCUCCUCGCCGUGCCGCCCGCACACACCCACCCUGCCCGGCUCAGCAUCCCGCUGCUCCCGCCGCCGCCUCGUCCCCCCCAACAUGGUCAUCAAGGUCUACAUCGCCUCCUCCUCCGGCUCCACGGCGAUCAAAAAGCAGCAGCAAGACGUCCUAGGUUUCUUGGAAGCCAACAAAAUCGAGUUUGAGGAGAAGGACAUUGCUGCCAACGAGGAGAAUCGGAAAUGGAUGCGGGAGAACGUCCCCGAGGAGAGCCGUCCGGCCAGCGGGAACCCUCUGCCACCCCGGCUCUUCAACGACAGCCGCUACCUCGGGGACUACGAAGCUUUCUUCGAAGCUCGCGAGAACAACGCUGUCUACGCCUUCUUAGGCUUGACUGCCCCACCUGGUUCAAAGGAAGCUGAAGCACUGGCGAAGCAGCAAGCGUGAAUUUCAACUGCCUUAAAUGUUCUGUAAAGGGAAUUUUCCACAGCUUUUUAUACAACAGUACAAUUGUCUCUGCUUCAAGAAUUGUAGAUGUGAUUUCUAACAAUCAAUUGGUGCUUGCAGCAUUCACCCGACGUCAGACAAAUUUGAACACAGGAUGAAAAUGUGAACAUAAAGGUAGAGAGCACAGAGUGUUUUACUCCAGAGUUGUCAGCAUAGGAAACGGAAGCAAUUAGACAUGAAUGGUUUUCACAUAGUUUAAACUGUCUUGGCAAUUUGUCCAUUUUCUGUAAACUUAAGAAACUAUUUUAAUACUAAUACCACAGACUGGGUUAUACAUACAGAACCAACUUAUUUAAAACAAGCAACAGCAUCUAAAACCUUGUCAGAUACUGUAAUGCCUGAGCUGCCUCAGAGCUGUGACUGAGUCACACAGUAAUUUUUCAGUGUCUUUUCUGGUUCCAGAUGAACCCGUAGGUGGGAUCGUGUCGUAAAGUCAUUGUAGUCACUUCUGAAAGUUACAUUUGUUCUUUUUGUAGAAUGGAUAUUUAAGAUUUGUGUUGUAACACACUGACUGUACAGAUGAUAAAAGCAAAAAAAAAAAAAAAAAAAAAAAAAAGCCGUGUAUUUCUCACUGAAGGGAUCCGUGUGGGAUCUUUUGACAAAGAGAAAGGGAUUUGGGCAGUGGGCAGCCUCUCCCUUGGCAGGUUGGUGAUGGCAGGAGCUGUGUGCAGGGUUCAGUGCACACACCAGUUCCCAGGUAAUGUUGCAAAGAAGCCAAACUGGCCAGAAAUGGCAUUUCCUUACCUGUGUAAGGGUGAAAGCCUUUAAUGUAUUUCUCUACAAAAAUACCAGUUCACACUGCUUAGAGCAUUAGGCAUCCUUUUGCAUGUUUGAGUAGUUGCUAGAUUCAUACACUAUUUUUUCAAAAGAGGAAAUAAAUGUUUGAAUAGCAAGAACUGCUGUAAUUACACAAGACUUUUUUUUUUUUAAGGUUUAAAACCUUUUAACUUUUUCCUUUGUUAUUGCCAUAUCAUCAAGCCAGCACAGGAACUGCAGAUCCAUGAAAGUGUCUCACAUUUGUGAAUUUACCACGUGCAACAUGAACCUGUUUUUUCUCCCUGUGCUCAUGAAAUAGUCUGUAUUUCUUGGCCAUAUUCUGCCAAAAUACAAAUAAUUACAAGUGCCCUGGAGCACGAGAAGCAGGUUUUAAAAGUGUAGGGGUAAAUUAUGCACCACAUAAUGUACUUAUUCCCCCAAAGCAUCAAAAGACAGUAGGAUAAUUAGUCUUUGCAGUAGUUAGAGGAUCAUUCUAACAAUAGCUCUGCACACUUUUGAUUUUAUUUGCUUUCUGGCCCUGUCUGUUUCCUAGAUUUGAAGUCUGGAAUUAGGAACAGGGUAAAACUUAAAUUUUCAAAGAUAUUGUAAAGCAUGGUAAUUAAAUACUGUCCUCACCAGUUUUUCUUUGAGGCUUUUGCCCUGGUCAUUGCAGCUCAAGAUUUUGUCAUCGUUGUCUGCAAGAGAAACCACAGCCACCUGCUGAGCUUCUCCAGAGCUUGGGGGGAAACUUCCACAGAGUGAGUAGGAUAGAGCAUGGGGACAAAUUGGUUAAAAUGACUUUUAAUUGAUGUUUUAGCUGCUCUGAUUUGGGAGCUGGGGAGUCAGUUUGAAGCUCAUCCUUAUAGAAGCAUCAGAAAGGGUAGGGGUAGGUGGAUGUUGCCUUCCCUCCAAGACUCACACAUCUGUGCUUUUGCAUUAACAAGUUUUUUUCAGGAAUUACUGAACUCGGGUGAAAUGUAACAUCUUUUGGGGAUGGAAGAUAUGUCAGGUUUGAUUUCUGUUGUUCACUCUGAUUCCCUCUUUCUGAAGUGAUUUUUCUUUCUUAACAUUGGUGUCAUCUUUCCCUGUGUCUAAACCAAGGGUCAAGGUUUUGAGAAAAGUCUAUAAAAAAGUCUACACUUCCGUGUAUACUUUGUGGGAUUUGACACACAAGCCACUGUACUCGUGCCAAUUUGCUGUGUUUCCUGUGUAAGGAAAGGAGGGUGUGAGUUUUCUGAAUUAGAGUCAUUAUUUUGGUGAAGCUGGAAUUGAAAGUUGCUGCCAAAUUCUGUCAGUUCAGCGACCUGAAACAUUCUGAAACGAGGUCAAUCCCUGGUUCAGACGGUCAAGAAAAUUGCCACGUUUAAGAAAGCAAAAUCACUCCCCUUGUCUGGUCCCCCACCCUUUCCAUAUGGUAGCUUUCAAACUGUAUCAGCAUUCCUGAGGGAGCUCUGUUGAGACAGACUGAAUUAUUUCUUUGUCUGGGGAACAAGACACCAACACAAACUGAAAAAUACCCCAAAUAUCUCUUUGUUGUGGGACUGCGUGGAAAACUUGCAUUCAUUUUGAUGCAGAUAUCUUGCAUGAACUUAGGGGUGCUAGGAAUGUGUUGCUUAUAUGCUAUUUUUCUAUUUCUGAAACCUGUGUUGGGUUAAUGAUGGGUGCAAGAACCACGUUUGUUCAUUUCUUUAUGGUUUUUUUUUCUCCUAUGUAGAAGGUGAGCGUUGAGAGGAUUUAACCUGUAUAUUAACCAUUCCUGUAUCAUUCCAAUAAAGUUGUUUUAGAAGCUUUCUCACACCA